UUUGGAGAGUGAAAUCCGACUACGAAAGACGGCCAUAUGUGUAGACAUGGGCUAUACUAGGAGGUAACGUUCUUUCUCCCUAUUAUAUAUUAGGAGAGGGGAGAGUCUACCUUCUUCUGUGGCCAUAUCCGGGAGAACCCAAAGUGCCAAGGGUUCUCUCCAGCCUUAUAGAACAAUAGUAGAGAAAAAGACUAAAUGGGUAGGAGCCCUUGUUGUGCCAAAGAGGGACUCAACAGAGGAGCUUGGUCAGCUCGUGAGGAUCGAACACUUACUAGCUACAUCAACACUCAUGGAGAAGGGAAAUGGAGAGACCUCCCUCAAAAAGCUGGUUUGAAGCGAUGUGGGAAGAGUUGCAGGCUAAGAUGGUUGAACUACCUUAGGCCGGACAUCAAGAGAGGAAACAUUUCCAAAGAAGAAGAGGAGCUUAUCAUCAGACUUCAUAAGCUGCUCGGUAACAGAUGGUCUCUGAUAGCAGGAAGACUACCGGGGCGAACAGACAAUGAAGUCAAAAACUACUGGAACACCUACUUGAGCAAGAAACUGCAAGGCAAGACAUCACAAAAUCAACUUAACAGAACUAAAGAUAAGAACCCAGAAGGUCAUCCCUCAUCAGUGGAACAGGUUCCCCAAGCCAAGGCACUAAAGAGUACUACUUCCCAUGUCAUUAGAACCAGAGCUGUAAGGUGUACUAAGGUUAUUCUACCACAGCAACAAGGAAAUCAGAUGAUGAACACCCAUAAUCUUGAUGGCAAGAGCUUACCACCACCUUUGGCUCCAAUUAGAGUCAUGGAUGAUACUUCCACUUCAAAUUUUAUGAUGGAUUUUGACAUUGAUGACCUUUUCAUCUCUGAUGUUCUCAACUCAGAUUUCUUGGAAGUUCGCUGUGAUGGGGUUCAUCAUGCUACUGAUCAUGAAUGUGGGAAUAAUUCGAAUUCUUGCUCUGAUUAUCCUUUCUCUGCCCAUGAGAUGCUAGAAGAUUCACCAAAUGAAGCAAUGUUUGAACCGAAUGAAGAAGCUUUGGAGCUGAAGAAGCUCUGUUCUUUUCUUGAUUCUGAAGAAGAAUGGAUGGAGAGUCAAUAAAUGAAUGGUGGAGUCCACGUACCUUAUCCUAUGUAAUUUUACUGAAUAACUAUAAAUCUUAAAACAUGCAUGGGUCCCACAACAUUAAGGGUUUGUUAAAAGUUCCUUAGUUUAACAUUUUGGUAAUAACGGAAUUUAUAGAUAAAUCUCUCUCUCUUUCACAUUAAA